CCAAUAUAUAUUACAAUGCAUAUAAAAAUUUGACACAAACAAGUAUUGUUGUUUCUAACAAUGCAGGUUUUUAUGAUGAACGUCGUAAUUUAUGUCAUGGAUUGUACUCACGUAAAGAGAAACCGGUUUUUCAAUGAUUCUCCCACGUGGAAGGCGGUUGGUAAAGCGGGGAUAAGUUACAACGGUACAUACUUUCACAAGAUGUGCAUUUCGCUGUUCAAAAGUAUAAACUCGUUGUGGACUGACCGAUUAAAUUAAUUCUAGUCCCGCCUAAAUCAAAAUACUGCUAUGUCAGACGAAAAGAAGCUUCAAAAAGAGCAAGAGAAAACACCAUGUGCCAUGAAAAGAAGUAUCAUGAAUCUAAAGGUGAAGACAAUGUUGAAGAUUAUUUUAUCUUCUAUAGUGGGUCCUCUUAUUCUCUAUGGCAUACUUUUCUUAUAUUUGCGUUAUCAAACGCAUUUAAAACAUCUAUUAGAGAGACCGGUGAUAAUAAGUGAAGCUCGACCAAAGUACUGGGUCUAUGCAAAGAGAAACGACACCAGUUAUCUGAAACACGUGUACGCGGUGCUCCAACGACUCGGCUUCCAGGAAAGCAAUAACGAAUCUGACUGGGACCUGUUAUGGGCCCAUGAUUAUCCAUUUCGCGUGUUGUCCACGAGCUUGAAGAAAUUGCAGCAGCAUCAGCGUGUCAAUCAUUUCCCUGGCUGCGGCUACAUCACGAAUAAGGUGGACCUGUCGACAUCGCAUGGCGGCCGGUACAUUCCGGCGGCAUUCAAGAUGCCAGAGGAUCAGCAAGCCUUUCUUGAUUAUGCUAGAUCGAAUCCUGAAAAGCUGUUUGUACAGAAGUCGAACGAUCAUCGAGGCAUCCGCAUUCGCGGCAGCAAUGACGCGAAUUUCACCGCCGGCACGUUUGUUCAGGAGUUCAUCGAGCGGCCGUUCCUCGUGGACGGCUAUAAAUUCGAUAUCGGCGUCUACACCGUCGUCACGUCUGUGGAUCCGCUGCGAGUGUAUGUUUACAAGGGCGACGUGUUGUUUCGCUUCUGUCCAGUGGAGUAUUACCCGUUCGACCCGGAGAUUCUGGACAAGUACGUAGUUGGUGAUGAUUAUCUGCCGAUUUGGAACGUGCCGUCCUUGAAGAAAUACUACACUGAACUCGGACACUCGAUGAAGGACUCAUUCGACGCAUACGUCAGAGAGCAAGGAAAAGAUCCGGAGGAAAUGUGGGAGAAGGUGUACGAUGCUAUCCGGGAAGUCACUUUGAUGAAGGAGGCGCAGAUCAGAGAGGUCUCCAAGCGCUUUGGUAACGGCAGAAAUUUCUUCGAGCUCGUGAGAUUCGAUUUAGCCCUCGACGAGGAUCUGAAUGUCUACAUGAUGGAGGCGAACAUGUCGCCGAAUCUGUCCUCCGCGCAUUAUCCACCGAAUCAGUUGCUCUACGAGCAGGUGAUAUUCAAUACGUUCGCGUUAAUUGGUAUCGCCAAGAGAACUAGAAGAGAAUCCUUGAGAACAAGAAAUAAAAAGGAGGAAGAAAUGGAAGUAGCGAACAAGAAUGUCGCAGUGAUGCCGGAGCUUUGCAAGAAAUGCGACGACUGUUUUCGCGUAGAGUGCCAACUAUGCCGACCAUGCUUUACAUCGGAAACAAAACUUAUUUUGACGCAGAGUUAUCUCGAGCAUCAGAAUCGGAUGGAUUUUCAAAGAAUUUUUCCACCGCCCAUAACGCGAGACAUGACGCUGAAGAACUAUACACUGAGAAAUCAACUACUUAUUAGAUGGUAUCAAGGAAAAUGCAAAUUGGAUAAGACAUGGUGCAGUUGAUAUAAUCACAAAUAUAUCCUGAGUUCUAUAUAAUAUUUAUUUCAAGUGUAUAAAACUGUAUAUAUAAUGUAUAAACAGGUAGGAACACUAGCAUAUGAACAUUGUGAAAUACACAUGUAAAGUAAAAACGCGUGAAAGUGUUGAAUUUUAUAGCAUCAUUAUUACUGUUCUAUUUGUACAUUGUACAUUUAGAAUAUAAGACAUUAUAAAAAGAUUUAUUGCAAUAAAAUUGUAUGCUAGAGCAAUGUAUUACUAAAAACAUAUUUCACACAUAUUGUUGUGAUAUAUCAAAUGAAUAUGUACAAAAAAAAGUCUCACAUAAAAUUAUAAAAACUGUAAAAAA